AAAAAACCAAGCCACAUGGGCCCAACCUCGUGACUCUUUUCUAUUAUCAUUACCCCUCCCGAUGUACGCCACGUUAUCCCCCCCCCUUUUGUUACUGUACAUGCGUCCCUUCAUAUAUUACCGUGCUCCUGCAUCGUCCAAAAAGCAAGCGUCCCUCGCCUCACCUCGCACAACCACAGACCCAGGUUCAGUAAGCACUUACUGUCUCUGCGUACUUGGCUUGGCUUGGCUUGGCUUAAGCUUUAGGUUUUGCUUUCUUUAAUGGGAUGGAGCAGAACGACGUGAUUCCACCGUUUGUUAUAAAGACUUUCCAUAUGGUGAGCGAUCCCGCCACCGAUGCUUUUAUCACCUGGGGUCGAGGCAACAAUAGCUUCAUCGUCAUCGAUCCUUUGGAUUUCUCUCGGGUGAUCCUGCCUGCAUAUUUCAAACACAACAACUUCUCCAGCUUCGUUCGUCAGUUAAACACCUACGGGUUUAGAAAAGUGGAUCCAGAUCGGUGGGAAUUCGCGAACGAGUGGUUCCUUCGGGGGCAGAAGCACUUGUUGAAGAAUAUUGUGAGGAGGAAACAAAGUAGGAGUAGCUCUUUGUUGUUUCAGGGGAAGAAUGAAGAUGUGGAAGACGAAGCGUUGAUGAUGGAGAUAGCGAGGUUGAAGGAGGAGCAGAAGUCGAUGGAGGAGGAGCUUCAAGGAAUGCAUAAGAGAUUGGAGACAACAGAGAAACGACCCCAGCAAAUGAUGGCGUUUCUGUGCAAAGUCGUGGAGGACCCAGAUGUCCUUUCUCGUAUUUUGUUAGAGAAAGAGCAGAAGCAAUUGGGAGAGAAGAAGCGGCGGCUGAUAUCUUCAUCGCCGUCGUCUUCGUCCGGUAUGGCGGCGGUGAAGACAGAGUUUGAGGAAGAGGAAGCUGCUUUGGGCGCGAUAAUAUCUUCGCCGUCGCCGGAAGCGACUACUGGUUUUGAGUUUGGUCGUUAUAAUAUGGCAUCUCCGACGGAGGAAACAAUGAUAUGCGGCGCCGAUACGAGUUCGGGUUGGUGGAACGAGAGAAAUGAUAGUAUAAUGGUGAGGCCUCGGAUAUAUCAACACGCUUAUAAUUAUUGCAACGCUGGGUCCCCAACGCCGUUGACGGCGGUUGUGGCGGCGAGGUCGAUGUCGGCGCGUGAGGGAGAAAGCAACUCGGCGAGCGAGGAGCAAAGGAGCUACUUUACAGAAAUGGCGGCGGAGAGCAGUCCACGGCCACCUUAUCCAUUUUCGCUGUUGGAAGGUGGCUUCUAGCUAUUAGCGUUGGCUUCACCACGAUUAUCUGUUUUUUUUUUUUGGGGGACUAUACACAGUGAUUAUCUUUGAUUUCGCCAUUUGUGCUAAAUUCUGAUUCUAUAUGUUCUCUUUUUAAUUACUUGUUGAUAUUUUUAUGUGUCUUGUCUCUUUCCAUAAAACAGUUUCAUUUUAAUGAAAAAGAAAAAAUCUUUAUGUAUUGGUUAUUUUUUUCCUA